AUGUCCACACUCAUCCUAUCAACCACAAUAUUCGCCGUAGUAGUUUUAAUAGUAUGCGGUUUUAUAUCAUAUCAAAUUUCGUCUCGAAGACCUUUAUACUAUAAUUUAUUCGUCGUCGAAAUGCACACAUGGACGUCGCGCAGAAUGGUUCAGGUGUUACAUUUGGGUCAGGAGUUCACACCGCCCGUCACAUGGGAUCGUUUAGUACAACGGAUGCGUGCAAGAGCUCCACGUAUUCAAGGAGAGAACCGAAUCGCGAUUUCUGACACAAAUAUAGUGAUACAGUCUCCGAAUACUGUAAUUGAUUCUCCAGCACCUGCGAGGUCCCCAGAUGUCGACCUAAUCACAUUAUGGGAUAUCGAAAUGCCGCCACCAAGUGCUGGUCACGUGCCAGAUGCUACUAGGGACAGUCAGUAUGCUGCAGCAGCAGCAAUCGCUAUUUUAGCAAGAGGAGAUGACGCCUCUCUGAUGUCUCGAGUGUUCAGAAAUCAGGAGAGGAUGACUAGAGGGGAUGCUGGGAUCGCGCCGACGUUGGAGGAGCGUAUGAAUCCGAGGCAUGAUUAUGUCACCACUGAUGUGACUUAUACGACGCCGUCCAUCAACCCCGACCUUCGUCACCAAAUCUCCACAACGACUUCAAACGUGACGGCACCUCGAGAAGCCCAUAACGACAAUCUGGAGCCAGAAAUCGUGGUGAUAGACGACAUGGAAACAUCAUCAGAAAACGGAAUGGACGAAGAAGAAGAGGUGGAAGAAGAAGAAGUGGAAGAUGCUGAUGAUUCUGGACUGGCUGUAAAUGCCCCCAUAGAAGAAACAGAAGAAGAACGAGAGAGAAAAGCAGAGCGAGACGCAGAGAUGUCAGUAUUGGAAGGUCCAUCAGAAGGGAAGAUUUUGAUUCGAUUGAAGUUUCUAAGUGACACAGAAAAGGAUACAUACGCAUCUCUUCAGGAUACUGUAGCAAAAUUCAAAGUGGAACAUUUCACAGAUCUCUCUAAUAAGGUUAUCCGUUUGAUAUUUCAAGGACAACUUUUAAGAGAAGACAGCCGGACACUAGAAUCCUAUGGUCUUCAAGCAGGAAGUGUGAUGCAUUGUCAUAUAAGUAUAAUCCCUCUUUCACGACCCGGAGUAGCCAACAUGACACCGAUUGUACACGAUUCGGAGCCCCGUCGGAGGAUCAGAAGAUCCCAAAGAACGCUUCGAGAUCCAACUCCCAUUCCUCCACAAGGAAUCCAGAAUGCGUUGGAUCGAGCGAUUCAAGAGCAAUUGGCAAGAAAUCGGGCUGCACAAGACAGAAAUGUUGGGCAAAUUUAUCUACUUUUGUCCACAAUGGUUCCGAUUCUCUCGGGGAUCGGACUCGCAUUUUUUCGUCCAGAUCGGAUUAGAGAUCUUCUUCGACCUGCUACACUUCUAACUAUCAGUCAAUGGGUAUGCAAUUUGUUGGUUGACAAUGGGCUGUUAGAGCAAGAAAAUGAAGAGCAGGAGCAGCAGAGGGAAGAAGUGCAGCAAACGCAUUUACAGACGUCCACGCUGUUUUAUAUAUUUGGAGGCCAAAUGAUUGCUGUCAGCAUCUUCUUGUACUACUUCCCGGACGUCUUCGAUCGUGUCGGAUUCUCGAUUUUUGUCAUCGUCUUCCUCUAUUUCGUCUUCGUCGUCUAUUCUCGCCAACGAAGACGUCGACCGACACGUUCGCAGGCUCAGAAUGAGAUUAUGAUUGAGGAUCAGAUUGUUCAGGAGACUAUUAGUCUUCUCUAA